ACUAUCGUACAUCGCACCGUACGAGGUACGGUACAGUACGAACUUACCGUACGUCGAAAAUGACAUGUUGGAGUUGUCUGUCACUUAAAAUGCUCCCGAAAACGAAGAAAGAAACCGAUUUGAAAUUUGAAAAUGGUCCCUCAGUUUGUUGUGACCAACCCAAAAAGUAAGAAGUCUAGCAGCAAUUUCCAUGGAGUCACCCGAUCGCUCUGCCGAUACUCGCACGAUCCACAAAACACUCCUAUCGUGUCGACAAUGAUCGGAGGCACAUCGAAAAAUUGUUUUGACUCACUUGGCGGAUUGACACCCAUACCCUGUCUCCGCUGUGCUACUUACAGUAGUAUUCUACGACACUCCUAACGGAGAUGGCGAACAUGCUCGAUGUUGCGCGAUAUCAAAUCCAAAAGAGAACAGCGCAAUUCGUGAUAUAAAUCUGAAUUUACAGGCUGCGAGGAACUUUCGUCGGAGCAGAGCAAAGGAAACGUGAAAAGGAGUAGAGCGAAUCGAAUCGAAAUUGAUGUUUGGAUCAAACCAUUAGAAAGCAAAACUACGAAUGGCACACAUGUCGGCAGCAGCGUGUUUUCUUUCCACUCCAACCCUCGUGGAGGAAAUGUGACGCAACUUUUUGCAGACCCACGGAAUGCAAACGAUUUACUGCACGACGACUCCAGAGAAAGGAGCAAACGUCCACUACAAGCGGAUUCGAGCACGAGUAACACGGUGCAGUGUGGUUGAGUUCGGUAUGGUACAAUAUAGUGCAUUACCUUAUCGUGCAUUGGAAUUCGCAUUUUUUUAAGGUUGAGAAACGCGAAGUUCUCGUCUAUUGAUUCCUAUGAGCAACUUUCCCAUCGAUAUCGACCGCAACGGAUUCUUUGCCUGCUCCCCCAUCCGUAGUAAGAGGAGCAGUAUGAAACCUAUGCGUCUAUCAACAGUAGCUUUAUCGGCAAUGCCGAUGCCCAUCCCAGUAACUCCCGAACAUCGCGAAUCCUCUCAAGAUACUUUUCCUAGUCGCACUCCAGGAAGUGAUAGCAACGUAACCGCCGGAAAACUCGACGGAAAUAGUGACCAUAGCGACGACAACACAUCUGAUGCAGCUACCCCUCUAGAUACAACAUCGGCGAUGGGUCGGUCCAUUUCUUCGCACAAUCGACGGGAGCAGCCGAUGCAACACGAGCAAACCAUUAACGAAGCAGCAGAAACUGCUGCUCAGAAGACCAGCAUCCAAACAAGUGAUACUCUUACUACUCCACCGAGCAGUCGCUGGGUCGGCGUCCGCGCCAUGCUCGAAAACGAACCCUGCCUCGCGACCCAAAAAGGACUUUUCUUGGCACUCAAACAUCACGCACCUAUUCAGGUUGUUCAGUUUUUGCUUACUAUCAAUCCGAAUGUCAUGGACAUUGCCAAGACCKGUCCGACUCCUCUCCAGGUGGCUUUGUACCACGAGGCUUCCUUGGACGUCAUUGCCCUCUUGUUGGAGGCAUCGCCCUUUGGCCUUUGUGUCACCAACAGCGACUGCCCGGAGGACCCCCUAUCGUAUGCAAAGCGAAGAUAUGGCGAGGAUUACAACAAAUAUGGUCUCGAUAGCGAUGUGGAAGACAAAGAUUGUCAGCAGCAUAUGCAUCGCCCUGGUCUCAUUGAGCUUUUAAGUCGCCCUCUGAGCUACUGGAUCAAGGAGAGAAAAGGGAAACGCGACCGUCAAGCAAAAAAGAAUCAGUACAUACAACGAAUAUACCACUACCGUCGGCAACAGCAGCAAAACAAAGGAAGCUGGAAACACGAUUUACAACAACUCAACGAUACGAUUCCUUCGCAUAUAUCUCCUCCUGCUCUGCAGUUGAAACAUAACAGGAAUGUGAUUCCUUCGCGUAUCUCUCCUCCUCCCCUUCGUUUCUCGCAUCGCUUGAGAACGUCAGUCGCCGAUUGUAUCACCGAGAGUGUCAACAAUAACAUCUGUGACGGAAGCAGCCCAUUCUCUUCUGCUGCUCUAAAGCAGCCUUCUCCGCCGCCGCCGCCACUUCCGAAGAAAGGCACAGAUACAUUUUUUUCGAACAAGGAUCGUGACAAUAAGAAUCAUGCUACACAGCAGCAGAAAACGCAUACUCCUAAAGCAAGCAUCAUCGCCACCUCAGUUGAUCGUGAAGAAUUCAACAACAUUAAGAAAAUAUGUGCCCGACUCGUCAAGGCACACAAAAACAUUUCUAACCAAAUCAUUGCGACCAGGGGAAACAUUGAUGCUCAGAGUGAAUUGCUGGCGACCAUGYGUACAAAGGAAGAGAUUCUAGAGGAGCUCUUGCAACAACAACGGUCUCAAUUUAUCCGAAAUCUUAUUGCCCUAGAUAUGAAAGAAAAAAACUUUCAAAGCCGGCUAGACCAGAUGGAAAAACGCUACAUUAUGCAACUCGAAACACGGCUCGAUCGUUGCAUGUCGAGUACAAGGGUGUGGAACGAAUCGACCCGUGAACGCUUGCUGGAUCUCCAGUCAGAUGUAGAGGCCGAGGCCAAGAUCAACGAUUCAUUUCGGAACGGCAUGAGUGACUGGGUGGAACGAUGGCACUAUGAAAACCAGGAGAAUAAGAACAAUAGGAACGUUCCUUCCUCCACGUGCAUUUCCUCUUACGUCUUUGCCACCAAUCUUGGUGAAACGGACGAGACGGCCCCGUUGUGUGAUGAGUUUCGCCGUGGAGGCAGAAUCUUUUGUCGCAGUGAUGGUAAUGGCACUAUGGAUAGUGGUGCUGCAAUGGUAAUGGAGAGCAAUGUCAAUGAUGACUUGGAUAUAAGCACGGAUCCAAUCAUUGGGACGAACGACAAUCGUCAUCGCCAGUGUACAUUAUUGUCGUGGAAGCGACCCUGGAUACCCUUCAAAAACAGGGACCGAAUCCAGAUGGUGGAUAGCGAAUCCCAACGAGGUAUCUGAACAAUACCGAGAGCCGACGAUAUUUCACUUGAAGGACUUUUUUAACUGGAUCCGAAAGACUCCAAAGUAUAGCAGAAAUUUGCCUAUAUCCUAAAUGAUUCUAUCGUUAAGUCCCAUGGCGGCGAAGAGAAUGACAUGSUAGUAUUUUUUUUUGCGUGGGAUGUCUCUAAACGGAACUUGUGUAUCUGAUUGAUAAACUAAAUUGAACUACAGCAU